GAUUGGGCUGAGUUCCGGUUUUGUGUUUAGUUUAACUCGACCUAGCCGCCAUCACACUCCUUUACCGAGGUAUUCCCGGCGACGAGUUCCGUCCAACCUUACAACGACCUGCCGCCCCUCCUCCACCAACUCACUUAAACGCCACCGGCUGUCCUCAAGCCAGCUGUAUAGUUCGGACUUCAGCAAGAUCUGUUCUUAGUUCCCCUCUGUUUCUUCUUUUCCCAUCAAUUUCGGUGGUUUAAGGUAAGAGUUCUGUUCGCUUGUCGAUUGGAGGAAAUUUCAGGUUGACAUUCGAACUUUUGAGUUUUUUUUUUCUUUUUAAAUAUUGGGGUUUGAAUUUCUUGAUUAGACUUACAUCGCCAAUGGACGGUGAGGAGGAGGUGCCGGCUUACCAGCCCGACGACGGAUUCGAACAAGAUACAAGAGAGCCACUUCUUGAUCUUACCGGUGCUCGCUCUAGUUCUAAAGAGCUUUGGCUUAUCCAAUGGCCGCCCCACGACCUUCCUGAUAUCCACGGCAAGGAAGUAUGCAUUACAUUCGAUCGCAAUGUUAGCUCGGGAAGCUUCGAGGAUCUAUCAGGGAAAAAGUAUGAUAUAGUCGGCACCGAUGUAGAGCGAGAUGCGGCAGUCUUCAUGUCCUCUGUUUCAGAAACUGAGAUUGUUGGGAAUAUUUCUCACCGAGUAUCCCUGGUGCACUUUCCUGACCCAAAGGAAAUCGAGCAGAGAGUUGCUGAGAAGAAGUCAAAAAUGCUGUAUCAGAUGACAUCGUCAAAGAACAAUUCUUCGCACCAUUCUUCAGGUGUUACUGGAAGUAGUAGGCUGAAGAACUCAACUUCAUCAAGGGGACCUGCAGCCUCAACUCAUACGAGCAGGGAAGGGCCUAGCGCUUCUAAGAGAAGGCACGUUCAGAAGAGCCCUGGAUCUAAAGGUGGACCUUCUCUCGACUCCAAAUGCCGUCAGAGUUCGUCCAACUACAUUUCUGGGACAUCAGAACGUUGAAGCUAAAUCAUUGGCAGGUAAGAGAGUGGAGUUUAGGGUUUUGAGCUACUGUUUGCUUGAUGCAAAAAUCUUGUGCAUUUCCGAAUCAUGAAGAGAAGUGAUGAGCAUUUUGUUUGUUAUUGGUGUUUACGUUAGUUAAGUGAUUUAGAAAGCUAGAUCUUUUAUGGGUGGAUGAUGAUCCUCUUUUGGAAGUGGUGAAUGCAUUGUUCUUCCCGUACUUGGAUAAUUUGUGAUCUGAAGCUACUUGAACAAACUCAUGCACAAAAUGAAACCAGGAUUCAAACACAAAGAAUAUACGACCUGCAAUGCA